AUGGAGUUGCUCAGAUGUAUGGCUUGCUUCAAUCCUAAAGAUGGCUUCUCUUCUUUUGACAAGGAAAAGGUACUCAAACUUGCCACUUUUUAUCCUUCCGAUUUUUCAAACAUUGAUUUGAUGGACCUUGAGUGCCAACUUGAUAUAUUCAUUGGAGAUAUGAGAAGUGAUGAAGACUUUCAGAAUUUGCGAGAUAUUAGUUCUCUUUUGAUGAAGCUUGUUGAAACAAAAAGAGAUGUGGUUUAUUCGCGUGUGGUUUUGCUUAUCAAGUUGAUUUUGAUUCUUCCGGUUGCCACUGCAAGUGUAGAGAGGGUGUUUUCUGGAAUGACAUUUGUGAAGAAUAAGUUGAGAAAUAGAAUGGGUGAUCAACCUUUGAACGAUUGUUUGGUCACUUUCAUUGAGAAAGAUGUGUUUCUACAAGUAUCCGAUGAUGAUAUAGUGAAUCGUUUUGAAGAAAUGAAGACUCGUCGAAAAAUAAAUUAG